AUGGAUGAAUAUAUUGAUUGUUUAUUAAGAGAUGAAUGUUUAUAUGAUAUAAUUUUACCGAGGAUCCAAAAGAGACCGAUUCAUGAAGCCAACAACGAGCUUAAAGGUCGAGUAUCCGUUUUAAAUGAUGAUUUGGACAACCUCGAGAGGGAAAGUGAUGAGGACAUCUUUCCUCCACCAAGACCAAGAAUGAUCCAGAAACUACGCGUUAUUGACCGUUCAGGCCAGAUCCAGUUUACUCACAUGGAUGAAUAUAUUGAUUGUUUAUUAAGAGAUGAAUGUUUAUAUGAUAUAAUUUUACCGAGGAUCCAAAAGAGACCGACUCAUGAAGCCAACAACGAGCUUAAAGGUCGAGUAUCCGUUUUAAAUGAUGAUUUGGACAACCUCGAGAGGGAAAGUGAUGAGGAGGACAUCUUUCCUCCACCAAGACCAAGAAUGAUCCAGUAG